AUGGCUGCCGCAAUCAAGGCGAUCAAUGCGAAGAUUCGCUCGAAUCCGACGCUGGACUACUUCUGCUCAACACAUUUCUGGGGCCCAGCAUCAAAUUUCGGUAUUCCGAUGGCUGCGAUUGCGGACAUGAAGAAGGAUCCUGAAAUCAUCUCCGGACCAUUCACAGCCGCGCUGUCCCUCUACUCUGGAACCUUCAUGCGCUACUCGAUGGCCGUGACUCCCAAAAACUACCUUCUGUUCGCCUGCCACUUCAUCAAUUUUGGGUCCCAGACGGUACAAGGUUAUCGGUGGUAUGAUUACUGGUACAUGGGUGGUCGCGCAAAAGCACAGAGUUUGAAGGCGGAGACAGAGGGCAAGGCAAGCGAACUGGCGAGCAAAGCGGAGGGCGUGUUCGAGAGUGCAAAGGGCAGCGUCAAGGAGGGCGUUAAAGAGGUACAGAAGAAAGUCGGCUCGUGA